GAGAGGAAGACGAAGACGGAACCGAGUUGAAAUUCUGAUCGGUGACAGUCGUAGGAAUCAACGCUGCAACGAAAGUAACUUCUUCACGUUCGUAGAAAUCUUUGUUUUCGGUCCAAUGUGUCAGGUGGAUGAAGCCUAUCAUGAUGACUUGGAGCAGGAGAAGGUUUCAAGUGUGUCGAAGAAAUGUGUCAAGUGCAAGGAGACGAUUGCCGUGGUGGCCAUCAGAGCAGGGGACCAAUAUUGCAGGGACUGUUUCGAACAGUACUUCCUUCACAAAUUCAGGGCCACACUGGGCAAAAACAGAGUGAUUUUCCCUGGAGAAAAGGUGCUACUUGCUGUAUCAGGGGGUCCUUCUUCUUCUUCAAUGCUCAGACAAGUCCAAGAGGGUUUGAGUCAGAAUGCUCACAAGAAGUUGAGAUUCGUUCCAGGCAUUGUCUACAUUGAUGAGGGUGGUGCUUUGAAUCGAUCUAUGGAGGAGAGACGACAAACAGUGGCAAAGCUGAAAGAUAUAUUUAUAGCCACAGGAUUCCCCUUCCACAUCGUGCCUCUGGAAGAGGUUCUUGACGUCCCCGGUUCAGUUUUAGCGAUGGCUCCUUCUUCCUCGCCGACACAAGCAAGUUCUGACAAAGCAUCUGUGGAUCGCUUUUUUUGCAAUAAUAGCUGUAGCUGUUUGACACCAGAGCAGCAGCAGCAGCAGCAGCAUGAAACUUCAUCACUUUAUGUUGAGGAGUCCCAAACUCAGUUGCUGCAGCAGCUUCUUGACUCCUCUAAGACACUGACGACCAAAGCAGAGUUAGUGAGCGUGUUAAGGCAGCAUCUUUUAGUGCACACAGCUCGCUGUGAAGGCUACAGUAAAUUGAUGUUUGGAGACAACUGCACCAGACUGGCGGUUAAACUUCUCAUUAGUAUAUCAUUGGGCAGAGGAGCACAGCUUGCUCAAGAUACAAGUUUCUCGGACUCUCGCUAUGGUGACAUUAUAUCAUUGAGGCCAAUGAGGAACUACUCUGCAAAAGAAAUAGCCUACUAUAACCAUAUCUUCAAUGUCCCUUCUGUUUUCACACCAAACCUUCACACUAAGAGUAAAGAAAAGGCCAGCAUCCAGUGUCUGACGGAGAGCUUUGUCACUAAACUGCAAGUUGAUUUUCCAUCGACUGUCAGCACUAUAUAUAGAACAAGUGAAAAGCUGCAAACAACUUGUAAGAGUUCAUCCUCUGCGAACCCAUGCGACAGAUGUUUGCUCUGUAUGUGUUCUCUGGAUACCGCAGUGGAAAAUGCUUCAGCUUUCCAGUCCACUCUCAUCUCUGAACGCCUCUGCCAGACCAAAUGUGUCGGUGCUAACAGUGCUUCAUUUCCCAGCCAAAAUACAGAAUUGAGAGGUCCCAGUACACAAUGUUGCUCGAAAGGCAAAGGAGAAUAUUGUGAUAGACCUAUGGAAGACAGAGGCUGCUGUUCUGGUGUCAGGGUCCCAGACACAACUGAUAUCAGAGGCCUGCUGUGUUACAGUUGUCAGUUGACCAUCAAAGACAUGUCUUCAGUAGAUUGUCUGCCUCAAUACAUUUUGUCAGAGGCUCAGAUAAGGCAAAGGAGGUCUCGUAUGAGAGAGGAGAUCAGUGAUUUUCUGCUGGAUUAGUUAAGGGCGUUAAAGGUUUUGACCGAACGGAAGUGGAGCCAAAUGAUAUGAGAGAGAGAGACCCAAUGGUGUGACAAAGUGUUUGCCCCCGUCCUGAUUUAUUUAUUUUUUAUUUUUUGGAAUAUGUUUGUCACUUAAAUGUUUCAGAUCAAACAAAUUUAAAUAUUAGUCAAAGAUAACACAAGUAAACA